CAUAAGGAAAAUUUGACAGCGUGCUUGUGUUGUGUUGUGUUGUGUUGUAGUGGUUUAAAGCGUGCGUGUAGACUAUACAAGAUACAACAUUACCUGAAACUGAAGACGCAAGAGUAAGGUGCAGGUAUGAGGAACCUGAAGCUGAAGCGGCGUGUGUGUUCUGUGGGGCUGCAGGCUCCAGGCUCCCCUCAUUGCCUCUCCGUCAGGAUGGACUCUGGCUCUCUGCUCAUCGCCUCCGCCUGCUCCAUCAUCGAGUACGACCCACGGACCGCACAGGUGCUGGAUGAGGUAUCCCUCACAGCAGAGGAGUACUUGCCGGCAGAUGGCAGUGGGACCGUAGUGGGCAUCCAGGACCUUCCAGACCAAGAGUGUGUGUGUGUGGCCACAGCCAAUGGAGACGUCAUCCUCUACAACCUCAACACACACCAGCUGGAGUGUGUUGGCAGCGUUGAUACUGGCCUCACAGGAAUGAGUUGGAGUCCUGAUCAGGAACUGGUCACUUUAACCACAGGACAGCAGACCAUUAUUGUGAUGACUAAGGACUUUGAGCCCAUUACUGAAGUUCAGAUUCACCAGGAGGACUUUGGGGAAGGGAAGUUCAUCACCGUUGGCUGGGGAAAGAAAGAGACACAGUUCCAUGGUUCAGCAGGCAAACAAGCAGCACAGAAGAAAAAUACAGAAGUGUUGCCUGCAGUGGAGUGGGACGACCGACGACCUCGAGUGACGUGGAGAGGCGAUGGACAACUGUUCGCCGUCAGUGCUGUGUGCCCUCAGACCGGAGCGAGGAAGGUACGGGUGUGGAACAGAGAGUGUGUUCUUCAGGCCACCAGUGAGACUAUCAACGGCCUGGAGCAGGCACUUUGUUGGAAGCCCUCUGGUAGUUUGAUUGCCUCUACUCAGCGGCAUCCAAACAAGCACAGUGUGGUGUUUCUGGAGAAGAACGGCCUUCUGCACGGAGACUUCACACUGCCUCUUCAGAAGGACCAGGCCAAGGUGAAAGAGCUCCUCUGGAACAGUGACUCCACAGUGUUGGCAGUUUGGUUGGAGGACAUGAAUCCAGGGGAGGAUGGCCUCAUAAACACUCAGAUCCAGUUGUGGUCAGUAGGGAACUAUCACUGGUACCUGAAGCAGUGUCUGCGUUGGGGGAGUGGUGAGGAGGCUCCUGUGUGUGUGGUGUGGGACCCAGAGCGCCCCCUACAGCUGUAUCUGUUGAGCCGCACCUGGACCUGCGUCACCUACCAGUGGGGCUGGACAACGGACCGGAGCUAUGGAGACGCUGGCCAUGACAACGCCAACGUGGCUGUGAUUGAUGGAGAUAAGGUGUUGGUGACGGCGUUUCGGCAGUGUGUGGUUCCGCCACCGAUGAGCUCCUUCGAGCUUCAACUUCCUGCUCCUGUUACCAUGGUGACCUUCUGCUGUGAGGCAGGCCGCUCCAAUGACCUUGCUGCCAUGACUGAGGACGGGCGCCUGUGUGUGUUUGGACAAGGAGAGGGAGGGUCCAAUGUACCUGGCUCUGGGGGAUUUAGAAUCAUCACACACCCUCCUGUGCUGAAGAACACUUAUAGAGUGGAGGUGGGUGGGACAGGUCCUCUCGCGCUGCGAUUGGUUGUCUGGCUCAGAGAGCACAACUUCCUGGCGGUGACCUGUGGAGAAGUGAUCGACCAAUCAAAAGUGCUCCUGCUCAAACCCUCAGCCAGUGACGGCACAAUGCAGAUCAGUUCACAGGUAUGUGUAGACGGCCAUGUGAUCAGUGUGUGUCACAGUGGCAGGAGCAACGCGGUGGCUUUACAGCUGGAGGAUGGGCAAAUCCGAAAACUGCUGUGGGAGGAUUGCGAGCUGGCCGCAGUACCAUGGGAGGAUAGUACAGGGAACAUUGUGAAUUUCCCUCAGUCAUGUGAGCACACUGCCUUGUGCACUAUCUCAGGAGAGGAGCUUCCUCUGGGUCUGACGGACCGCUCCCAUCUCUACUUAGGAGACACAGAGCUGGCGUCUGGAGUCUCGUCGUUUGUGGUGUGUGAUGACUUCCUUCUGCUGACCACACAUGCACACACCUGCAGAUGUCUCCAGCUCAGCACGAACACCACCAAAGGUCUGGUAUCGGUUCUAAGCUCUGACGGAGGGCAGAACGACGAGACGCUGCGGCGCGUAGAGAGAGGCUCUCGCAUCGUUACCAUGGUUCCCCACGACACACGCCUCAUCCUGCAGAUGCCACGUGGUAACCUGGAGACCAUCAAUCAUCGAGCACUGGUGCUUUCACAACUCCGGAAGUGGCUGGACAGUCUCCGGUUCAGAGAUGCAUUUGAGGUCAUGAGAAAACAGAGGAUCAACCUCAACCUCAUCUACGACCACAACCCUAAAGUAUUUCUGGAGAAUGUGGAGAUGUUUCUGAACCAGGUGGACUCCAUCAACAACAUCAACCUUUUCCUUACUGAGCUAAGAGAGGAGGACACUACAAAGACCAUGUACCCCUGCCCCUCCACCUGCACCCCUCCAUCUGCCCCGGGGGUAACUGGGAGGAAAGUGGACGUUGUGUGUGACGCCCUACGGGCCACCAUGGAGCGCCUCAACCCAGACAGGUAUUGCUUGUGUAUUCUCACCACCCAUGUGAAGAAAACAGUUCCUGAGCUGGAGACGGCCCUGCAGAAGGUUCACCAGCUGAGAGUAAACAUUCCGAGCUCCAGUGAGGCUGUGAAGGCUGAAGAGGCUCUGAAGUAUCUGCUGUUUCUGGUGGACGUUAACGACCUCUACACACACUCCCUUGGAACCUACGAUUUCACACUCGUCCUCAUGGUUGCAGAGAAGUCUCAGAAGGACCCUAAGGAAUACCUGCCGUUCCUAAACAUGCUGAAGACCCUUGAGCCGAACUACCAGCGCUACACCAUUGACAAGCACCUGAAGAGAUACAGCAAGGCUCUGCAGCACUUGAGCAAAUGUGGAGACGAGUAUUUCUCAGAGGUGUUGAACCUGGUGAAGGAUCAGCAGCUCUACAGGGAAGCUCUGAGUCUCUACCCUACGGACAGCCCACUGUACAAGGAGCUGAGUGCGGCGUAUGCUGAGCACUUGGUGGAGCGGGGCCAGCCCGAGAUGGCCGGCUUGUUGCUAUGGCGAUGUGGCGAGCUGGCGCGGGCGCUUCAGGCGUUUGUGGGCGGGGCUAGUUGGAGACACGCCCUCUCAGUAGCCAUGGAGAUGCCCCUCCCUCCUGACCAGCUGGCUUUACUCGCCCGAGACCUGGCAGAUAAGUUACUGGAACAAAGGAGAUAUACAGAAGCAUCUGUGUUGUUGGAGCAGUACGCCAAGGAUUGUGAGGAGGCCAUAUCUGCUCUCAUCUCUGGUGCAGCGUGGGAAGAGGCUCUCAGACUGGUGCAUCUUUAUAACAGACAAGACAUCAUAGAGACCAACCUGAAGCCUGCUUUACUAGAAGCUUACAGCACACAGGUGUCAUUCCUGGAGUCUCAGAAGGCCUUGUUCACACGCCACCAAACACGACUUGUUGUGGUCAGAGAAGAGAAGGAGAAAGCCAGACAAGAGAUGCUGGAUGAGGGUGAUUGUGGUGAUGUGGAACUGUACUCAGAGGCUAGCAGUGUUAUGAGUGGCAGUCACGCGAGCUCCAGAUACACACACAGCAACUCACGCAUCUCAGCGCGGUCCUCUAAGAAUCGGCGUAAGGCCGAGGGGAAGAAGUUUAGCCUGAAGGAGGGAAGUCCCUUUGAGGAGACAGCGUUACUACACGCACUCACACACAUCACACACACCGUCGACAAGAUGAGAGAGGAGAUCCAGGGACUGUUGAAGGCUCUGGUGUUGUUCCAAUAUGAUGACCAGGCGGGGGCGCUACAACGCAACUACAGCCAGCUACUCGCCCUCAUGGAGAGCAACAUCCCUCUCAUCUGGAUCCCAAACAACCCACAGACACUGGUGACGGGACCCAGUUCCACAGCCAACAGCAUCACAGCCUCCUUCCAGCAGCAGAGAGUGCCCCCUACAGCUCAACAAGAUACUGAAGUCUUCACUCCCCCUAAGAUGAGAACCUCCGUGAAGUGGAAGCUGUGUGUCCUAGACUGAUGUGUGUGUGCGUGUUAGUGUACUGGGGUGUGAAUGUGUGUGUGAGUGUGCAUGUGUGUAUUUACCAAAUAAAUGUGUAACCAUAUCAAAUGUACAAAUAAAAUAGGUCUUAAAAUGAA